ACCAUAUUGGAACAAUUUUGUUUGAAAAGGCAACCAAGUAUAUUCUGCUAAGUUUAAGCUGGGCUUCGAUCAUUUCAUGGAGAGAAAUAUAUCACCUAAAUUUGGGAGUUCUUUGCCGGUACCUUGUGUUCAAGAACUGGCCAAAGAAUCGCCAGAAAUAAUCAUCCCAACACGCUACGUUCGUGAAGAUCUGGAGCCUCUGUCACUCGCUGUGAAAGAAAUUCCAGUGAUCAACAUGGCUAAAUUGCUUAAAGGAGAAAGCGAGGAGCUUAAGAAGAUGGAUAUUGCAAGCAAAGAAUGGGGUUUUUUUCAGCUAAUAAAUCAUGGAGUGAGUUCAUCAUUGGUCGAAAAAGUGAAAACUGAAACAAAAGAUUUCUUCCAUCUCCCGAUGGAAGAGAAGAAGAAGUUUUGGCAAGAGCCAGGAGAACUUCAAGGCUUCGGAUCUGCAUUUGUGCAUUCUCAGGAGCAAAAACUUGACUGGUGUGAUUUGUUUUAUAUUAUCACUCUCCCAACAUAUUUAAGGAAACCAGAUUUAUUCCCAAAUCUCCCUUUGCCGUUCAGAGAAACAGUGGAAAUGUACGCAGAGGAAUUGAGAAAUCUGGCCAUGACGCUCAUUGAUUAUUUAGCAAAAGCUGUGGGGAUUGAGCAGGAACACGUAAGAGGAUUGUUCAAUGAAGGGUUGCAGGCUAUGAGGAUGAAUCACUAUCCUCGUUGUCCCCAACCAGACAAAGUCAUAGGACUUUAUCCUCACUCAGAUGCUACCGGGCUUACAAUCGUGCUCCAACUCAAUGAAACCGAAGGUCUCCAGGUCAAGAAAGAUGGCAUGUGGGUUCCUGUUAAACCUCUCCCAGAUGCCUUUAUCGUCAAUAUUGGGGAUAUGAUAGAGAUACUGAGUAAUGGGACUUACCACAGUCCUGAGCAUCGAGCAGUAGUAAACUCGGAAGAGGAAAGGCUAUCCAUCGCAACAUUUUUUAAUCCCAGACUUGACACAGAAUUGGGUCCUGCCCCCACUUUGAUCACACCACAGAACCCAGCAAUGUUCAGAACAGUAGGCGUUGAAGAUUAUCUCAAAGGCUUAUUUGCUGGUCGGCUUGAGCGUAAAGCAUACAUUGAUGUUAUGAGGAUUGAAAUGGAAGAAAGUCCUGACAGUUAAUGAUGUGAUGGAAAGUCAAUAAAUUAAGCAUGAGCUGCUGUACUAGACUACCAUAUUCUCUAAAUUAAAGCUGCUGGACACUUGACUGGCUACAAUUAAAGUGCUGGACACAA